AGCUCGCCAGUAAGUACGCGCCUGUAAAUCAACAGCUGUUAUUUUAUAAACAAGCUGAUCGGACAUUGUUCUCUCUAUUAGGAGCUGUUGCCAAAUCAUAAACUCCGCACAAAGCGAUUUAAAUUUUAAAACCCCAUAUUUGAAGGAUGAUUUUGAAUAGUUUCCGCGGUAAAUUUGAAAAAAUCAUUAAUGAAACUCAUAAUUAUUCAGUUUAAACUUGCAUAUGCAGUGAUAACCCAAAUUGAGGAGAAUUCUCCAUUCUCAUAAAGGGAUCUUGAACCCAACAAUAAAAAAGAGCAUUUCUGAUAUGGUGUUAACGAUUAACGUUAACUUGCGCUAAAUUAUUCCAAAAGUAACGUUUAACGAAGUCAACUUUUUUAGUAACGGACGAGCGAUUAACGAAGUUGAUUGUCUGAUUAACGGUGCCCAGCUAUGCCCUUUUAUUCAAUUGACUCAGAAAGUCUAAUUUAUUUCAGAGUGAAGUUGGAAGAAAAACCAGGGAUCAUAGACAUAUGCGAACACUUCAUAGAUGAAGAAGGAGUUUACGAUAGAGAAGAAUUUAUAAUAAGGAACAAAGGAAGUUGCACGAAUUCCUCAGAUGUAGAAGUUGAUGCAAAUCAGUCAACUGCCUUUUUCAACAAAAAAAUCUCUCAAGUAUUUGAUCCCACAACCAUUAAAUCUGAACCGGUUCACUUGGACCAGUGUGAAUUUCCUAAAUGUCACUUGAUUGGUGCAAGGGAAGAAAAAUAUCUUGAUGAACCCAUACAAUAUGAACAUACCGAUCAUACAUACUGCAGUAAAGACGACAAGAAUCCCGUUAAAUUAGAAGUUGUAGACAUUUUUGAACAGUUUAUAGACAAUGAAGGAGUUUAUGAUAGAGAAGAAUAUAUAAUUGAGAAUGAAAAAAUUAACCCAAACACUCUACUUAUUGAAGAUAAUUCAAAUCAAUUUCCUGCCUGUUUAAACGAAAAAAUGCCCCCAGUAUUAGACCCAACAGGCAUAAAAUCUGAUAUGUUUAACUUAGGAGUUGUGGACACUUAUGAACAAUUUAUAGACGAAGAAGGUGUUCACGAUAGAGAAGAAUAUAUAAUUGAGAAUGAAAAAAUUAACCCAAACACUCUACUUAUUGAAGAUAAUUCAAAUCAAUUUCCUGCCUGUUUAAACGAAAAAAUGCCCCCAGUAUUAGACCCAACAGGCAUAAAAUCUGAUAUGUUUAACUUAGGAGUUGUGGACACUUGUGAACAAUUUAUAGAUGAAAAAGGUGUUCACGAUAGAGAAGAAUUUAUAAUAAAGAACGAAGGAAGUUACAUAAAUUCCUCAGAUAUAGAAGUUGAUGCAAAUCAGUCAACUGCCUUUUUCAACAAAGAAAUCCUUCAAGUAUUUGAUCCAACGACCAUCAAAUCUGAACCGGUUCACAUGGACCAAUGUGAAUUUCCUAAAUGUCACUUGGUUGAUACAGGGAAAGAAAAAUAUCUCGAUAAAUCCACACAGUAUGAUCAUAAUGAUCAUACCUACUGUCGCAAAUAUGACGAGAAAUGUCAUGUCAAAUCAGAAAUCUUAGAAUUUGUCGAACAAUUUAUAGACAAUGAAGGAGUUCAUGGCAGAGAAGAAUAUAUAAUUGAGAAUGAAAAAAUGAACUCAAAUUCCCUACUUAUUGAAGACAAUUCAAAUCAAUCACCUGCCUCUUUUAACGAAGAAAUAUCUCCAGUAUUAGACCCAACAGGCAUAAAAUCUGAUAUGUUUAACUUAGGAGUUGUGGACACUUGUGAACAAUUUAUAGACGAAGAAGGUGUUCACGAUAGAGAAGAAUAUAUAAUUGAAAAUGAAAAAAUUAACCCAAACUCCCUAAUUAGAGAAAAAAAACAGACUCUUCAAAGGCAUUUUGACACUGUUCAUUUGAAAAUUAAGACGCACAGGUGUCACUUAUGUGAAUAUGCUGGGAGUGCUAAAGAGGCCCUCGAAAGACAUAUAAAAUCAGUUCAUUUGAAUAUUAAGAAACACAAAUGCCACUUAUGUGAAUUUGCUACGAGUAAAAAACAGACACUUGAUAGUCACGUGAAAUCUGUUCAUUUGAAAAUUAAGGAACACAGGUGUUAUCUCUGCGAAUAUGCUUCAAGUGAAAAAAAUGCUGUUGAAAAACAUAUAAAAUCAGUUCAUUUGAAAAUUAAGAAAUACAAAUGUCACUUAUGUGAAUAUGGUGCGAGUGUUAAGAAUAGACUUGAUUAUCACGUGAAUUAUGUUCAUUUGAAAAUUAAGGAUUAGGGAACACAAGUGUCAUCUGUGUGAGUAUGCUGCAAGUACAAAAAAUGUCCUCAAAAAACAUUUUUACUCUAUUCAUUUGAACAUCAACGAGAUAUUAAUGUCACUCAUGUGAAUAUGAAUAAUUCAUUGGAAAACUGGUAACAGGUGGGGACAUGUUACAAGCAUAAACGAUACUUAAAUAGUCGUGGAAAAUCUGUCCAUUCAAAUAGCAAGUAACAAUUGUCAGUCAGUGAGUAUAUUGUAAAUAAUUGAGGUUAUUUUUAA